AUUAUUUUAAAAAGUCGAAAUAAUGUAUAAUUUUGAAACAACUUGUCGAACAUGUUCUUCGGAUGGCGAAUUACACUCAAUAUUCAAUAACUAUCCGUUUAAUAUAAUUGAAAUGUUAAUAGAAAUUGUUGAUAUUACGGUAUUCGAAAAUGAUAAUUAUCCACAAAAUAUUUGCACAAAUUGUUUGGAUAAAUUAUAUUCAGCGUACAAUUUUAAACAGCAAUGUCAAGAAACUCGAAAAAAAUUUGAAGAGUAUUUAAAUAAUUUAGAAAUUAAAGACGAAUUCGAUAGCAAUCACGAACAAAAGUAUUUUAUUGUGAACGAGGAUAUCGAAUUGUCGAAUAAUUUCGAUGAAGUUAAAAAGGAAAAAGUUGCUGUGAAAGAGGAGUUGGAAUUGUCAAAUAAUUUCGUAGAAGAUAAAAAGGAAAAAGUUAUUAAACGGAAAAGGAAAAAAGUCGUAAGAAAAAAACAAAUGUGUAAAAUAUGUAACCAAAGUGUGACAAAAUUAUUUGAACACAUGCGAUCUCAUACGAAUGAAAAACCGUACAAGUGUGAAACAUGCUUUAAAGAAUUUUCAUUAUGUUCGAAUUAUAAUCGACAUUUACGAAGUCAUUCAGGUGAAAAACGAUUUGCUUGUCAUCUUUGUGAUCGUAGAUAUACACAAAGUCAUUCUUUAAAAGAACAUGUUCGAACUCAUGAAUUGGAUCCAAACUGCUCGAAAGACGAUUCGAAAUUAUCGAAUCGUGUAAGACCGCCAAGCCAACCGCUCUUAUGUAGUAUUUGUGGUAAAUGUUUUACACAUCGGGCAGCUUUCAAUGUGCAUCAAAAUGUUCACACCGGUGCACGACCUCAUAAAUGUAAAAUUUGUGAAAAAUCAUUUUCACAAAGUGCUGCGCUAAGUACACAUCAACUAACGCACUCCGGUGAAAAACGUUAUAAAUGUUCGUUUUGUGAAAAACAAUUUGCUGUGAAGUGUUCGUUAACGAUACAUGUGCGUACCCAUACGGGGGAGAAACCAUUUAUUUGUUCAAUCUGUUGUAAAGGAUUUUAUGAUUCGAGUAAUUUGAAGAGACAUAAGAAAAAACAUUUAUUAACGGAAAAUGAUGGACAAAUCAUAAAAAAGGAAAACACGCUUGAAUUGCCUUUAAAGGUAUCUUUAAGUGAAAAGUGAUUU